AUCGGAAUGGCUAGUGCUUUGGAGACACUCUGUGGGCAAGCUUAUGGUGCUGAACAAUACAGGAAAUUAGGCCUCUAUACUACUGGAGCUAUUAUAUCUCUCCUUUUGGUCUGCAUACCAAUAUCUAUACUAUGGUUAUUUGUGGACAAACUUCUUAUUUUCAUGCAUCAAGAUCCUUUGAUUUCCGCAGAAGCGGGAAAAUAUUCAAUCUGGCUAUUAAUUUCACUCUUCCCGUCAGCGAUUACGCAAGCACUCGUGCGUUACUUGCUGACUCAGAGCUUGAUUCUUCCAAUGGUUCUUAGCUCUAUUGCAACACUAUGUUUUCAUGUGCCAAUUUGUUGGUUAUUUGUGUUCAAGUUGGAUUUUGGCAUUGGUGGAGCUGCAUUUGCAAUUGGUUUGUCAUGUUGGUUCAAUGUGUUGCUUCUUGGAUUGUAUGUGAAGUACUCUUCAUCUUGUGAAAAGACUAGAAUUUGUUUCUCAAGAGAAGAAGUUUUUGCUAGCAUAAGAGAAUUCUUUCCUCUGGCUAUUCCUUCUGCUUGCAUGGUUUGUUUUGAAUGGUGGACAUUUGAGAUAGUCAUACUGCUAGCUGGUGUCUUGCCAAAGCCCCAGCUUGAGACUUCUGUGCUUUCUGUAUGCUUAACUGUUGCUUCCACGCAUUACUUCUUACCAUUUUCCCUCGGUGCUGGAGCAAGCACUAGAGUAGCUAACGAACUAGGCGCAGGGAACUAUAAGGCAGCUAAAAUGGCAGUUCGUGCAGCACUUACAAUUUCAAUGGCAGAGGCAGUCAUUUCCUGUACUGUGCUGUUUUGUUGCCAUCACGUAGUGGGAUAUCUAUUCAGUAAUGAGAAGGAAGUUGUGGAUUAUCUCAGUGAUAUGACUCCUUUUCUUUGCCUCUUGAUUGUCUCUGACUGCAUCCAAGCUGUGCUUUCUGGAGUUGCAAGAGGAAGUGGAUGGCAACAUUUGGGAGCAUAUGUAAAUCUUGGGUCAUUUUAUUUGGUUGGAAUACCAGUAGCUAUAAUAUCUGGCUUCCUAUUCCAUUUACAAGGAAAGGGCCUUUGGAUUGGACUCAAUGUGGGAAAUUUACUCCAAUCUCUUUUGCUAUCCUUCAUAACAUGUUUCACAAAUUGGAAAAAACAGGCAUCAAUAGCUAGGGAAAGAAUCUUUAUUGAAGAAAAUUACUGAAAAGUGAGCCAGAGAAGUCAAAAGGAAAACAAAUUGGUUAUUUUGACAUCAUACUGCUCCAAUUUCUCUAGGCAAAUAUGGUACUGUAGCAAAAAGUAGACUAAUUAUGUUCAAUUUCAAGAGAGGCAAAAAUGAAGAGUUGAAAAACUUUAUUACGUUUUUCACAUAAUUGACAUUGGUUGUGUGGGAUUUUCUUUUGGCACAAAUACAUAAAAUCCCUUAUCUUUUAAAAUAUUUUAUAAAAUCUCAUGUUUUUUCUUUUUA